AAGAGUAAAAAUGUAGAUCCAUUUAUUCGUCAUAUACAUAUUCAGCACUUUUCUGAGGGUGUAGUUACUCAGGAACAACUAUGCCUGAAUAACACCAUGUGUAGAAAACCCCUGAGGAUUUUUAAAAAGCUUAUUUUAGCUAUACUUUUUUGGCGUGGUGUUAUGGGAGGCAGUCCAUAUGUUUAAUAUCCAUGACGUAGUAUAGAUUUUAUAGUCUUUUUGAAAACAAAGGCAGGGGAAAUUUUUCUAUCUCAAAAUCUUAGUGAUGUGUUAACAUGGGUUAUUUUCUCUAAUCAAGUAACUUAUUAAAUGGUUCUGAAACUAGAACUAGUUAAAAAUUAGUUCCUUUCUCUCAUUUGUUUGAAAAUCUCAUUUCUGGAUCCUUCAAUCUUUUAAAAUUGAAAUGCUUAUGUGUUUAAAAUAACUGUACAUACAUAACGGGAGACAACACCGUGUGUGGCUACAAAAGUUAGUAAAAACCUAAGACACUAACAAUUGCUAGCAUAUUUAUUACCACCUCAAUUUAAAAUUUUUAAGAGCUGACUCUGGGAUCCUACUCUCUGAAUUUCUAAAACCUUUGACAAGGAAAAAAAAAAGUGAAAAAAAUACAAUUAAGGUGAGAGACAUAUGUGGAGAAACAGGGUGGAUUGGAAGGGCCUUCUCUUCUUCCCCUUUCAUUAAGUUAGUUUCCACCUGAGAAUCUGUCCUACCCCAACACUGCCACUGACUCCACAAGUCAUUUUGCAGGGCAGCUCUUGCUAUAGGGCCCAUCUCCCGUCACUGUUGUUAAUGUCAAGGGAAAAUAAAGUCUGGACCUGGCUCCUAUCAGCGGGUACAGGAUAAGGAUCAGCCAAGCUGGAGUUCCUGAGUAGGUAGAGGCUACAUCCCAAUAACGGGGUAGUCAGGAUCCCCUUCUGGAUGGUAAGAAAAGGCCGUGGCCCAAAGAGUUUUGCAGUUGAGAAAAGCCAGGCUGGGGUUCCCCCCCUGUGUGGAAGUGGGAGGGUUGAGCUCAGUGGCUGGGGACUCUCCCCAAUGGGUGUGUGAGAGGCUGCUGAGCCCAUGCGUAGGAGGGGCCAAGCUAGAUAGGGUUCUCCUCCAAAACCUCCAGUCUGUGUGAUGGAGGGGAAGCUAAAUUGGGACUCACUCCCAUGUGUGCGCGCAUGGGGCGGGGGGGCAGGGUGCUGAGCCUAUGAGUGUACAGAGUCUAUGGAUGUCCCUGGUGUGUGUCAGAGUCCUGUAGCACCUUACAGACUAACAGACGUAUUGGAGCAUAAACUUUCGUGGGUGAAUACUCCAAUAUGUCUGUUAGUCUAGAAGGUGCCCCAGGACUCUUUGCUGCUUUCAUAGAUCCAGACUAACACAGCUACCCCUCUGAUACCUGGUGUGUGGCUGUGGGGGGGGGGGGGGGGGCACUGAGCCUAGGGCUCUCCCCAGUGUGUGUGUGGGGGGGACCAGAUAGCAAGUGUAAAAAAUCAGGACAGGGAGUCGGGGGCUAAUAAGUGCCUAUAUAAGAAAAAUCCCCCAAAUCGGGACUGUCCCCUGGUCACCCUAGCGGGGGGCAAGGUGCUGAGCGGACGGGGUCUAGGCUGGAUGUCCGGGGGAACGGGGACUGAGCCGGCGGGAGGGGCCAGCCUAGGGCUCUCCCCGCUGUGUGUGGAGCGACAGCUGAUGCGCCACACUGCAGGCGGCAGUGAUCCGCUCCUGAGGUGGGAGAAGCCCGGGCCUUGGGACGGAGCAGGCUUGUGCCCCCAUUACAGCACCUGGUGGUCCGUGGGGCUGGCAGAGGAAACCUACUAGCCUCCUCUCUGCGAGCGCGUCCGCCCGGCGGGGUGAAUAAGAGAAACCGCAGGCUUCCACCCGCCAGAGCGAGCCCAGCGCUCGGAGUCCCUGAAGCGCUGCUAACUAUCGUCUUCUCCCUCGGACCGUGCGGGGAAAUGGCGCCCCGCUCGCUCGCUCCCUCUCUGACGCACAGGCACCUCGCUGGCCGUGAUACAAAAUGGCGGCGGUCACGGCCCCGAACCCAGCAUAGCUAGAGUCCGUGGCGCGGGGAACAGGGCCCGCGGCGCGUAGCCAAUCGGGGUUGGCGCUGGGCCUCCGGCGACCAAUGGAGUGUGUGGGCGGUGGUUUGUGGUGCCGGCUGUCCAAUGGCGGCUCGGCGAGUGCUGGUUGCGGGGCCCGCCCGCACAGCUCUGGGCGGUGCUGGAGCGGGCGGGCGCUGAGGCGGCCGUUUCCUGUCCUGGUGCAUGGUGGUCGGACGGAGGAAUUGUUGGAAAAUUUCUCGGCGAGAUAAACAAUGUUAUUAGCCCAGAUAAAUCGAGACUCUCAGGGAAUGACUGAGUUUUCUGGAGGAGGGAUGGAGGCUCAGCAUGUGACUCUCUGUUUGACAGAAGCAGUAGCUGUGCAAGAUGGUGACAAUUUAGAAAACAUGGAAGGUGUAAGUUUGCAGGCAGUUACGCUUGCUGAUGGCUCCACUGCUUACAUACAGCACAAUUCUAAAGAUGGUAAAUUAAUGGAUGGCCAGGUGAUUCAACUAGAAGAUGGCUCUGCUGCCUAUGUUCAACAUGUAUCCAUGCCAAAAAGUAGGGACAGUCUGCGCCUGGAAGAUGGACAGGCAGUUCAGCUGGAAGAUGGAACUACUGCAUUUAUUCAUCACGCUUCAAAAGACAGUUAUGACCAGAGUGCAUUACAGGCAGUCCAGCUGGAAGAUGGAACCACUGCUUACAUUCACCAUACAGUUCAAAUGCCACAGUCAGAUACCAUCUUAGCUAUUCAAGCUGAUGGCACAGUAGCAGGCCUUCAUACGGGAGAUGCUACAAUUGAUCCAGAUACCAUCAGUGCUUUGGAGCAGUAUGCAGCUAAGGUGUCUAUUGAUGGAAAUGAAAGUGUUAGUAGCUCAGGAAUGAUAGGUGAAAAUGAACAAGAGAAAAAAAUGCAGAUUGUCUUGCAAGGACAUGGAACAAGAGUGACAGCUAAAUCUCAGCCAAGUGGAGAGAAGGCUUUUCGCUGUGAAUAUGAUGGCUGUGGAAAAUUGUACACAACAGCUCACCAUCUUAAGGUGCAUGAAAGGUCGCACACAGGAGAUCGACCAUAUCAGUGCGAACAUCCUGGUUGUGGCAAAGCAUUUGCAACAGGUUAUGGGUUAAAAAGUCAUGUCCGAACCCAUACUGGAGAGAAGCCCUAUCGGUGUACAGAGGAGAACUGCACCAAGUCAUUCAAGACUUCUGGAGACCUGCAGAAACAUAUCAGAACCCACACAGGUGAAAGACCAUUCAAAUGUCCCUUUGAAGGCUGUGGAAGGUCAUUCACAACAUCCAAUAUUAGAAAAGUUCACAUCAGGACACAUACUGGUGAAAGACCCUAUUACUGUACAGAACCAGGAUGUGGGAGAGCAUUUGCCAGUGCAACCAAUUACAAGAACCAUGUGAGAAUACAUACAGGUGAGAAGCCCUAUGUCUGCACGGUUCCUGGCUGUGACAAACGUUUCACAGAAUAUUCCAGUUUAUACAAACACCAUGUUGUACAUACUCAUUCCAAACCAUACAACUGCAAUCACUGUGGGAAAACAUACAAGCAGAUUUCCACACUUGCUAUGCACAAGCGAACAGCGCACAAUGACACAGAGCCAAUUGAAGAAGAGCAGGAAGCUUUCUUUGAGCCGCCUCCAGAUCAAGGUGAAGAUGUUCUAAAAGGCUCCCAGAUAACCUAUGUGACAGGUGUAGAUGGGGAGGAUGUCGUUUCCGCACAAGUUGCUACAGUUACUCAGUCAGGACUGGGUCAACAAGUUGCAUUAAUUUCCCAGGAUGGGACCCAGCAUGUCAACAUAUCUCAGGCUGACAUGCAGGCCAUUGGAAAUACUAUCACUAUGGUAACACAAGAUGGCACCACCAUCACAGUCCCUGCCCAUGAUGCAGUCAUUUCUUCUGCAGGAACACAUUCUGUUGCAAUGGUAACUGCAGAGGGCACUGAAGGACAGCAGGUUGCUAUAGUGGCUCAAGACUUAGCAUUCCAUAGUGCCUCAUCAGAAAUGGGACAUCAGCAACAUGGGCAUCACUUAGUGACUACAGAAACCAGGCCUGUUACAUUGUUGGCUACAUCCAAUGGAACGCAAAUUGCAGUGCAGCUUGGAGAGCAGCAGUCUUUGGAAGAAGCCAUCAGAAUAGCCUCCAGAAUACAACAGGGUGAAACACCAGGGAUUGAUGAUUAACUUCUAACACUGCUACAAGAACAAUAGAGCAAAUGAUAUUUUAUUUUCAAUCAACAAAGAUCCAUGCCAGCUGCAAUCCAUAAAAACUUUGAUGUUUUCCUGCUCAUUUAUACUCUGUACACAUUUUAUGCAAGAGUGAAGAACGUUUUAAAACGUGCAUAACUUUUGUGUACAUGACCCGUGGAAUAGACCAGCACCAUCUUCUCAACCCAUUAUAUAUCCAGGAAUAUGAAAUUAGGAUUACAUAGUAAAUUUCCUCAUUAUCCUUUCGUCAGAUUUCAACCAGUCUACAAAAAAGCAAACGCUGAUGUAGAAGUAUUGGAAUGAAUUUUUAAUAUGAUGUGCAAAAUAAUGAAGGCAUUAUUGAAGAUUUCAAAUGUUUAAAACAUUAUACCAAAAUCAUUUCAGGAACCCUUACAGGUAAUAAAGAAAGUAAAGCAUUUUUAAUUGUCUCCCAUAAAUAGAAGAAUCUUGGAGUUGAGCCUACUGUAAAUCUUUGCAUUUUGAUUUGCAUUUCAUACAGAUGUGAAGAUUCUCCAUAUUUAGAUUCCCUGUCCAGCUCAUUCAUUGUAAAUACAGACUGUUAAUGCUGGAAGUGCUAAUUAUAUUAUCUUAAAAAUGGAUUAUGUACAAAAGAGAAACUUUGGUUGUUCAAUAUUAAAGGAAGUAAAUCUAAUUUUUCUGUUUCUUUACAUAUUUUACUUAAUCUUAAAAUGUUAUCUUCAAAUUAUGAUGCAAUAAAGGAUAACAAGUUUAUAUUAUCUAGAUAGGAUGA